GUGCUGCUCCGGGUCACUGGUCAGCAGACAGGACUUCCUCACGGUACCUACGUCACAGUUCAGGGCAUUGUAUCGGUUUUCCGAAGGUCUCUGGGUGGGGAGGGUGUGGACUCGGUGACUGUCACGCCAGCCGUGUGCAGGAGUAGCCACACGGGGGCGCUGGGUCUGCCAGGUGAGGCCCCCGGGGCCCCAGCUGUGUGUGUGCUUCCCCACCCCGUCCAGCAGGGGGCAGCCACGGCCACUCCCGGUGCUUGGGAUUCAGGGGGCAGCCAGAGCUGCUCCUGCUCCAGAACAUCCAGUGUUUUCUGUGACCUGAGCCCCCCACUCAGUGGUUGGGCCCUGGAGCAGGGGCUCAUGACCUACUUUUGAGAGGGUCCAAGGGACCGUCUGGGGUCCAGGCAGGGCCCCGGCCCCAAGAGCCGCACACACAGGCUCCAUCUGGAGUCACAGCCAGCCCAGGGCUGCCCCCCACCUCCGGUCGGGCCAGAGGCCAGAGCCGAGCUUCUGCACCAAAACCUCUGGGAGGCCCGGGCGGGCUCAGGCCAGAGGCCAUCCUCAGAACCGCCCACUGCCCUCCCAGGCCCGGUGGCCCCAGGCCGGCCGUACCCCAGUGGCACUCUCGGACUGGGCAGGGCUGGGCCAGACACGCAGGAGGGACAGGCAGAUGGAGGUGACGAGUGAGGAGAACAGGAGUCGGCUCUGCCCGCAGGCAGCCUGAGCCCUGUGCUGCCCGGGCGGUGGACACCGGGCAUUCAUUCCGAGUCGGGGGCCCAAGGGUCACUGGAAUGUGGCUGGAAUCCGUGUGGGGCCUGUCCUCCCCCGGCCCAGGCACAGGCUGCCAAGUUUGGGUCUGUCCUCUCCUCCGUUCCUUAUUUGGUGCUGCAGGUGAUAAGGCCGAGACAUAAAGGGGGCUGGGGGCCCCUCUGAGACACCAGGCUGCCACAGAGCGAGGAUGGCCAGCAGGAAGGCGGGGACCCGGGGCAAGGCCGCGGCCACCAAGCAGGCCCAGCGGGGCUCUUCCAACGUCUUUUCGAUGUUCGAGCAAGCCCAGAUCCAGGAGUUCAAGGAGGCCUUCAGUUGCAUCGACCAGAACCGUGACGGCAUCAUCUGCAAGUCGGACCUUCGGGAGACCUACUCCCAGCUGGGGAAGGUGAGUGUCCCGGAAGAGGAGCUGGACGCCAUGCUGCAGGAGGGCAAGGGCCCCAUCAACUUCACCGUCUUCCUCACGCUCUUCGGCGAGAAGCUCAACGGGACAGACCCCGAGGAAGCCAUCCUCAGCGCCUUCCGAAUGUUCGACCCCAGCGGCAAGGGCGUGGUGAACAAGGACGAGUUCAAGCAGCUCCUCCUGACGCAGGCAGACAAGUUCUCUCAGGCCGAGGUGGAGCAGAUGUUCGCCCUGACGCCCGUGGACCUGGCGGGCGACAUCGACUACAAGUCCCUGUGCUACGUCAUCACCCACGGGGACGAGAAGGAGGAGUGAGGGGCUGCGGGGGACCCGGGGCCACUCCCACCACCCCAAUAAACCCGGUUUCCAA